GUGUUUUUCAUCUUUUCAUCGUUGUUUUUUAGUAAAUCUGUCGCAAAAAUUAUCAUUAAUCAUAAAAUAAUAAACAAAUAGCAAAAGAAUUGUGAUGUCGUUAUCAAGUCUGCUGCCCACGCCGACAAAUGCGGUAUGGGAUCGCGAGGACGAGCGUCGCAUGGCAGCCAAAGGUGCUCCAAUGAUUGGUGCCUUGGUUUCCGCCAAAAUCGCAGCGCCACCUUACGGACAACGCAAGGACUGGAUACCACGGACAGAAGCCGACUUUGGCGAUGGUGGCGCCUUCCCUGAGAUUCAUGUGGCACAGUAUCCGCUAGGUCUUGGAGCGCCUGCGAAUAUGGGAAAGAAGUCAGAUGCGCUGGCUGUGCGUCUGGAUGACAAAGGCAAAGUCAAAUAUGAUGCCAUUGCCCGUCAGGGACACGGAAAGGACAAAAUUGUAUAUUCCUCGAUAUCGCAGCUGUUGCCCGCUGAGGUGUUGGCCGAGGAUGCGGAUGAGCUGCAGCGUCCAGAUGAGGAAACGGUUGCCGAGACAACCGAGGAGACUCGACUGGCACUGGAGAAGCUUACCAAUCAAAAGAUUACCUCUGCACUUCCAGUGCGCCAUGCACAAAAGGCAGCGCCUGCUCAAUACAUUCGAUAUACACCAUCGCAGCAGGGAGACGCCUUUAACUCGGGUGCCAAGCAGCGGGUCAUUCGCAUGGUGGAGGCACAGCUGGAUCCCAUGGAGCCGCCAAAGUUCCGCAUUAACAAGAAGAUACCACGUGGACCGCCAUCCCCACCAGCGCCAGUGCUGCACUCGCCCUCACGUAAGGUGACAGUGAAGGAGCAAAAGGAAUGGAAGAUACCGCCCUGCAUAUCCAACUGGAAGAACGCCAAAGGUUACACCAUACCACUCGAUAAACGUCUGGCUGCCGAUGGACGUGGUCUGCAGCAGGUCCACAUCAACGAGAAGUUUGCCAAGAUGGCCGAGGCAUUGUACAUAGCGGAUCGUAAGGCUCGCGAGGCCGUUGAGGCGCGAGCGCAGUUGGAGAAGAAACUGGCACAGAAGGAGAAGGAGAAGAAGGAGGAUAUGCUGCGCAUGAUGGCACAGCGGGCACGUGAGGAGCGUGCAGGUUUGCGCAAUCCAGAGGCGGAUGUGCCCAGUGGUUCGGGCGGAGUCGAUGCCCGCGAGCGCAAUGAUCUCCGUGCGGAGCGACAAAGGGAACGACAACGUGAUCGGAAUCUAAUGCGAGCCGCGCCAGAGAAACGCACCAAGCUACAGCGUGAGCGGGAGCGUGAUAUAUCCGAACAGAUUGCAUUGGGAUUGCCAGCCAAGAGCGUUGGCACCGGCGAAACAUUGUUCGAUCAGCGUCUGUUUAACACCACCAAGGGAAUGGACUCCGGCUAUGGGGAUGAUGAGGCCUACAAUGUGUAUGACAAGCCAUGGCGCGAUUCCAAUACGAUGGGAGCACACAUCUAUCGGCCCAGCAAACAGGCGGACAGCGACAACUAUGGUGGUGAUCUGGACACGAUUGUCAAUACGAAACGCUUUGUGCCCGACAAGCAAUUCUCUGGUGCCGGAUCCAGAGAGACAGCUGCCGCUCAACGGAGCGGGCCCGUUGAGUUUGAGAAGGAAGAGGAUCCCUUCGGUCUGGAUAAGUUCUUGAACAUGGCCAAAAAGGCGCCAAAGCGUGCCGACGAAAAGAAUGAACGCGGCAGCCACUCGGAGCGCAAGCGUAGUCGACGGGACUAGACUGGACGGAACAGACGGAUCGGCAGGACGUGAGGGAGCUACUCCUAUUUUAUAACAUCCCCAACUUUUGGCAAAUACAUGCAUAUAUACAUAUAAAAUUA